AUGGCAAGAGCGCUGCAAGGCCUUGGCUAUGUUGUUUUCAUGAUCAUGGUGGUGGUGAUGGCCGGAGAGGUCUUCGACAAUUGGCAGGUGAUGGGAGAUGACGACUGUGUAGGGACCUUCAGUAAUUUGAUAAUCGAGUGUCAGCAGUAUAUGGGGAUUCCAUGCCCAAAAACAGAUCCAUCAAGUGGGUGUUGUGAUGCAAUUCAAAAAGCAAAUGUGCCAUGUGUUUGUGCUCACAUCACUCCAGAAGUUGAAAAGAUCAUCAUCAUGGAGAAGGUCACAUAUGUUGCUCAGAAAUGUGGCAGAGCUCUCCCUCCCGGCACUAAGUGUGGAAGUGUUCGACAGCUUGUUAUCGGAUAUUCGAGUGCGAAUCAACGAGUUUCAAGUAUACCGCUGUAUCAUUGUGAAAUGCUUGUUUUAUGGUCCACCUAA